AUGGCCAAGAUCAAGGCCUAAGACCCUCAAGGGAAGAAGGAGCUGCUGAAACAGCUGGACAACCUGAGGGUGGAGCUGUCCCAGCUGUGCGUCGCUAAAGUGACAGGCGGCGCAGCCUCCAGGCUAAGAUCCAAGUCAUCCACAAAUCCAUUGCAAGUGUUCUUAUGGUUAACCAGAGAAAACCUCAGGAAAUUCUACAAGGGCAAGAAGUACCAGCCCCUGGACCUGCAGCCUAAGAAGACACGCACCAUGCGCCAAUGUCUCAACAGGCACGAGGAGAACCUGAAGGCCAAGAAGCAGCACAGGAAGGAGUGGCUGUCCCCGCUGAGGAAGUACAUGAUCAAGGCCUGA